CACACACACAAUCACACACAAUCUCAGCAUCUCUUCGCUGAUGACAAAGGGACCUCUGGGAGACAGGCCGUGCAUGAUCGCGUCCUCUGCGCUCGUGCUGCUGCAGACAGAGACAGACAGAGAGACAGUCAGGUCUGUCGGUGAGUGUCGGUCUGUCGGUGAGUGUCGGUAGGAUGCGCGAGGCGGACAGCGGCAGCAGCGGUUAGCGGUGAUCGUCGGUGUGUGGAGAGGCGGAGCAGCAGGAGCAGCAGGAGCAGCAGGAGCAGCUGACCGGAGACAUGAGCUGCAACUGGGGCACCGAGCUGUGGGAUCAGUUUGAUAAUCUGGAGAAACACACCAGCUGGGGAAUCGACUUCCUGGAGAGAUAUACCAAGUUUGUUAAAGAGAGAGCUGACAUCGAGCUGAGCUACGCCAAACAGAUCAGGAGUCUGUCUAAGAAGUAUCACCCUAAGAGAAGCAGAGAGGAUGAGAGCAGGUUCACCUGGUGUCUGGCGUUUGCGGCCACUCUUCGUCAGCUGAAUGAAGUGGCAGUUCAGAGGGAGGAACUGGCUGAUAACCUGAACACGCAGAUAGUCUGUGAGCUGACACGAUACACCCAUGAGCUGAAGACUGAGAGGAAAACACAUUUCCAAGAUGGCCGCCGCGCCCAGCAGCACAUUGAGAGCUCAUGGAAACAGCUGGAGUCGAGUAAACGUCGGUUCGAGCGUGACUGUAAGGAGGCGGAGCGAGCUCAACACGUCUCUGACAGAAUCGACCUUGACAGCAAGACGGAUGGAGAGAAGCGCUGCUCACUGAAGGCUCGUCAGACGGCUCAACAGAAACAACAAGCGGCUGAAGAGUCCAGGAAAGACUAUGUGACCAGUUUAAACCAGUUUAACCAGGACCAGCACCAGCAUUACCACACACUGGUACCUGUUAUAUACCAGCGGAUCCAAGACAUGGAGGAGCGGCGGAUCGAGAGAAUCUGUGAAGCGAUGCGUUCGUCAGCGGAGGCAGAGAGAAAAGUUCUUCCUGUGGUCAGUCGCUGUCUGGAUGCCAUGAUGGACGCUGCAGAGAGCAUCCAGCCCAGGAUGGACACCCGUCAGGUUGUGGAGGUGUAUAAAUCGGGCUUCGACCCUCCAGGUGACGUUGAGUUUGAAGACUACAGUGCCACCAUGAGGCGGAGCAUCUCUGAAUCCAGUUACCUUGACAACCGCACAGAGGGGCGGAGACACAGCAGGAAGCUGUGGCCCUUCAUACGAAAAAACAAGCUGUUGACCCUCCUCUCCUCCCCCCGACAGCCCCCCCCUCCACCCCCAACCUCACCAUCACCUGGAGGUGUGGCCAGCAGUCCCCAGUCCCCGCCCCCUGUUUCCAGAGAACCAAUUACACAGCGGCUGAAUGACCUCAUGACUUCUGGCUCCAGGACCAGAAAGCAGUGUCUGCGCAGCCUGAAGAGAGGGCUGUCACUCAAACUGGGCUCCAGUCCUGCAGACUGCAGUCACCUUCCUCCUGAACAGAGACGCAAGAAACUUCAAACCAGAAUCAACAACAUCAACCAGGAGAUUCAGAGAGAGAGAGAGCAGAGAGACGCUCUGCUGAAGAUGAGGGAGGUGUAUGAACACAGUCCUCAGAUGGGCGAUGCAGGAAGUGUGGAGCCUCGGCUGGAGGAGGUGAAGCAGAGUCUGCAGAGACUGGAGGACGAGCUGAGGAGGAACCAGGCCUGGUUAUUGGAGGUGGACAGCAGACUGUCUGAUCACAGCAGUAGAAGACAGAGUGGAGGUUGUGGGUUGAAUUCCCAGGCCACAACGCCAGGCAGCAGCAGCCUGAAACAGCUGGACAACCGCAGCCCAGCCAGCAGAGAGAGCCCUGAUGGCAGCUAUACUGAAGACCACAGCGCAGAGCUUCAUUUUAAGUCUCGCAGUUCAGAGUUUGAUGAUGACUUUGAUGAUGAAGAACCGUUACCGAGUAUCGGCACCUGCAAGUCCCUUUACCCGUUUCAAGGUCAGAAUGAAGGCACUCUGUCCAUGGUGGAGGGAGAACUACUUUCUGUGGUGGAAGAAGACAAAGGAGACGGUUGGACCAGAGUAAGGAGGAACCUGGAGGAGGAGGGAUAUGUCCCCACAUCUUAUAUCAAAGUCUUCCUGGACAGCAGUGCCAAAGGCUUUGUGCAGAGUAGCCGUCUAGUCUAGUAAUCGACCAUUGAGGACAUCUCGCCACAGGAAGUGAUGUAAAGAGCUCAGAGGAAGUCUGGUAAAAGCUUUUCAUUGGACAGUUCUUCAGAUAUCUGACCAAUCAGCUGAUGUGAUGGGCGAAAAUAAGGAACUCAAUCUAAGAUCAUAUAUUAGAUAAGGUCCGACACACAGAUCAGACAUUAGACAAGUGUCACACACACACACACACACACACACACACACACACACAGAUCAGACAUUAGACAGGUCUCACACACACACACACACACACACACACACACACACACACACACAGAUCAGACAUUAGACACAUCCCACGCAUAUCAGAUAGUUCUUAAGUGUCUGAGGUGAUGAUCAGUAGAAGUCAGGUUAGAUAUUAGACGGGUCCCACAUUGAUCAGAUAUUGAUCAGUAGAAGUCUGCCAUGUAUCAGUUUGAAUGUGUAAGAGAAUAAUGAGGCCCAAAGAUGUAUAUCCCGAUAUCACCCGGUUGGACGCCAACAGGAGCACAAGAGUCAGUGUAGGAGAAUAACAAACAAACAAUAACAAAAGAUAUGGUUGGCGGCCAAGACACUUUAACCGUUUGGGAAAAACACGGAAAAUAGGAGAUUGGGAAAUAGGAAUAAACAUAAUGUCAAGGCACAUUGCCAAUGAGAGCACAGUGACCUGGGAGGGCGACACUGUGUUCUGCCAGGAAGAAGUUGGGUAACAGAUAGGCAAGAGUAGUACGACGAAGCCAAAAUGAUUGGAAAACAGGAUGCACAUACACACACAUAGCCAUCUGAGGUAUAAAAGAAGGUCACGUUCUGUGUUUAGUGGUUGUUUUCUCCGUCUAUGGCUGCGAGUAGGGCCGCUGUGAAUAAAGAGACUCCCCGCUCUGACACUUGUGUCUCGACUGUCUGAUUCCUUUUUCGAUCCAACACUUCUCGCCACAACAAAUGUUUUUCAGAUUCACUGACCUGAGAUCUUUAAAAUCAAAGUGUGUAAAAAUGUUGUAUUGGAAGGAAAAGGUAAUUUGCUUCGUUAGAGUGGACAAUCCUUCCUGUCGGCUGAACCUUUAAAGAUUGAAGAAAAACUGAUUGUCACAGCAGUGAUGUCACUGUGUCCUACAGGGUGUGUCUGUACACUGUGACAUCACUGUGGGUGUAGUCAGGACAGUAAAAAAAAGAAAGGAUAGCUUAAAAAGUUUGAACGUUAAACAGUUUAAAAAUUUAAAAAUGUUAAACUGAAGUUUAAUGAGUGAAGACUGUAAAUAUAAACUGUAGAUGCACAGGUGUAGCCCCGCCCCCUGUAAACCUGCCGAUAUUUACCCUGCCCGUCAGAUUUAACCAGACUGUAUUAGCUCCGCCCGCUGCUCCCCUGCCCCGACCCAGGCUUGUUGAUCCAUGAUCAUGUUAUUGAUUGAUUGUGUGAAAUGUGAAAUUUUUAUUUUAUAGUGAGAUAUUGAUCAGUUAUUUCUUGUUUUUUUUUUUUAUUUAUUGAGAUGUGAGAUGGCUGAUCACGCUCUUUUCAACUUCCUGUAUGUUAAACUUUCAAAAUAAAGUACCUUCUGAAUCAAA